CAAAGAUACCGCUAGGCAAAGUUGACCGCUCGAUUCAUUGCGCACCAUGUGGGUGUCUUGUUGAUGCUUCAAUUGUCUGUCGUGCCUCAUCAGCGGCUCACUAGUCUUGUCUUCCCCGUGCGCCUGCGCCCAAGUCUUGCCUCCACAUCCUCGUUUUAAUCGAUCGAACGAAGUGCCAAAUUCCUCCAAUAUGGGUAAACAGCCGGCGGUAAUCAUCAUUACCAGACAUGGCGCCCGUCUCGAUCAAGCCGACCGGAAUUGGACAUCAACGGCCGAAAAACCCUACGACACUCCUCUCUCCUACGGUGGUUGGAUACAAUCACAGACACUCGGUGUAAGAAUUAAUAAUGAGCUCCAUCAUCUGGAUGCUUCACAUACGCAACAUGCGGAACACAAGGACGAUGCGACACACGACCGUCCUCAUAAGAGGCGGAAGAUCAUCAUACACUCUUCCCCAUACCUGCGCUGCGUCCAGACCGCCAUAGCAAUCAGUGCUGGUAUACAACAUCCCCAGAAUCACAUCCGUCCACGAUUGAGGCCCCGACAGCGUUCCUCACGGGCCAGUCUCCUCGCCGAAGAGGAGGUUGCCCCAGAUUCCCAUGAAGUCGACCACUCAUCCCUGCAACGCACCGUAAGUCGUGAGCCCAUACAUACGAAUCGGUUGGGCUAUAAUACAUGCCGGCUGCGUAUCGAUUCUUUUCUUGGAGAAUGGCAAUGUCGAACCUACUUCGAAUCGGCCCUUCCCCCACCGACGGCGGUGAUGGUUUCAGAAGCAAAGAUGGCGCUACAAGUACCACAGGAAGAAAUCAAAGGUGCUGACCUCUCAGCAUCUUUGACUUGUGAACUCCCAACCGUCGAGUGGGAAGAGAAGGAAAGUGAGGCCGCUUCUGUGCCUGUCCAAGAAAAGACCGGACUGAGAGCGAUGGCUGCUGCUGGUCAUUCGUUUCCAAAGCGGCCGCGGAACAUUUCAUUUGGGACGGAACUCGCCAAUGGCGCCAGACUCCUGAACAGAAAUUUGCAAAAGCAUCCCGUUGGAUACAGUCCACCUGUUCCCACGUAUGCGAUGGGUUCGUCGGACAAGAUUCCUCCUGGUUAUGUUGCCCACGCCCGUGAUGUGUGUGUAACAAUUGAUCACGACUGGGACAGUGAAGCCGAACCUCUGCAAUGGGGCGAUGGCGGCCCAUUUGACGAAGAAUGGGGAAACAUGCAUCGAAGAUUUCGAAAUGGCUUGCAGAAAAUGAUUGACUACUAUGAACACGAAGCCGCUGAACAAGAUGAUGGCGGCAAGGAAGACGAGGAGUUGGUCUUAGUUCUGGUCACCCAUCAAGCAGGUUGCAACGCCCUCAUCAGAAUCCUUACUGGUGCCCCUGCUCUUCACGACGUUGCAACUGCGUCCUUGACCAUGGCAGUACGAACGCAGGGUCAAGAAAAGGAGGGAUCGCCCAUGUCACCCACACGACGCAGAGGGUCGCUCGAUCUGAGCAUCUCCGAUGACUACGAAAUGAAGAUCAUCGCAUCGACGGAACAUUUGCGAGCUGGCUCAAACCCACUAGGGCUGAACUCGCCACGCCUGGGAAAAUCACCAGCGUUCGCCAGUCGUCGGGCCGUCGGUGCGGAUUCACCAGAGGGUUUUUCUUUAGGAGAGUCGUUGUCUCAUCAUCGUGGCUCCCACGGAGCGCUUGUGGCCAGAAGUCAGAGUCAGAGAUCUCAUGCUGCUGAUCCAGCAAGUAAUGAGGAACCACCGACUGGGCUUUGGCGGAAAGGUAGUCGUUACUCGAGAGACGAAACUGCCGACUCCAGCGAAACUGGAGCAAGCCCGAGUAUUCAGACCCCCAGUACGUCUAGCAGCAUUCGAGAAGAACCCACCUGGCAGGCAGAUAAACUACCUGUUCGAAGUUCCAGUCAACGUGGACUUUGGGGUGGUGAAUCGGUGCACAGAGACAGGAGUCCUGGGAAGAGAAGAUGGACAGCUGUCGAGAGGUCUCCAUGAUUGAGGACAAUGGGGCGUGGCUCACCUUGAAAAUACACAAAUCGACUUA